CGUAGUGUGGUGCUCCGACGUAAAUGCGCGAAAAGUCGAGGUUGGGGUUGAGUUUAUGAUUUUGCUUUCCCGCGUUCCUUCAAAGCCAAGCUGUGCAGUACUCGGGGUCGUUUUGAUCAGUUUCGUGUGAUUUUUUUUUUUGUACUUUAAAAUAUUUACCAUGGCAGAUACCGUUUUUGAAAUACCGAGAGCCCGCAUCAAUUCCAGCAUGUUAUCUCAGUAUAUCAAUAGGUCUAUAUGUUUCGUAGGACGAGUGGAGAAGAUUCAUCCAUCUGGCUUAUCUUUCAUUUUGUCAGAUGGAGAAGGAAAGAAUGCAUCCAUAGAACUAAGCGAACCAUUGGAAGAGGAACUCAGUGGAACAGUGGAAGUUAUAGGAAGAGUGACAACAAAAGCAACCAUCUUCGCAAAUACAUUUACUCCAUUCAGAGAAGACAAAAUCAGUUUUGAUUUGCCAUUGUACAAUGAAGCCCUGAAAGUUAUACAUGAUUUUCCUCAGUUUUACCCUUUUGAAACUGUUGAAAGUGAAUGAGAGACUGUUCCCACACGGAUAAUAAAACCAUUUUGGGUUUGCAUUUUGACAGUUAGCUUUUUUUUAUUAGUUUUAUUUAAAGGCAUACAGGUAUUUCAUUGAUUUUUCUGCAUAAACAUUUUUCAGUGAUCUUUGAUAGUCCGGUUAAAUAAAUAAUUGGAUUAAAAGUGCAGCCAUGAAUUAGUUGAUUUUGCUUGUAAUAUACAUUUUAGAUGUUCUAUUUUAUGUUGUCUGUUGCCAUAUAUAAUUAACAUGUUCAGGUAAAUUAAUAAAAAUAAUUUUGUUAAAAUAUGUCA